CGACGAAGCAUAGACCCAACAGUACUCAACAGAAAAUUGCUAAUGUGUACUGGCCGGAAAGGUUUUGCAAUUCUCCACAACUUUUGUAAUAAAUGUGCUCCCAAAUUCCUCCUUUAUAACCCUCAAAGAUGCAUGAUAUACAACAAAACUCAGUGAUGUGCUCAAGUAUCCUUUUUGAUAGGGUCUGCACCUUAACUGAAAUUGCAGUUAAACAGAAUUUGUGUGCUUCAGAAAUAUAUAUCUUAAUAAAACUGAAUGAUACCUGUAAAAGCUCCUUUGGAGAGAUCAACGAGGUCGUGUAGCGCAAAGAUUAGUAACCAGAGAAUCAGAGAAACAAGAUGAGAGGGGGAAAGAGAGGACGACACUGUAGAUGGAUUGAGGAUGGACUUCUCCUAAACCCUAGCUGCCUUUGGGGAGGUACAACACGAUAGAGUCAGGACGGCUAGAUGGGACUACAUCAUGGGGGCCGUAUGGUGUAGUUUGACUGAGUCAAUGGCUUCCCACCAAAAUGGCCCGAGCUGUUCAGUUAGCGAAAAAACAGAGCAAGCAGUUACAUCUCCUCUUACCCCUUCAUUCGACUCCCAUCUUGCCUCCAUCCCCGAGCUCCCUCCAAGGUCAUCCUCACCUUCGUCCCCAAGUGUUCAAAGUGGCCACUGGACUUCGCUACCAUAGGAUUCAAGGCCUUGUUCCCGAACAGCACCAUCUACAAGGGCCUGUGCCGGCCAUCGGUAUAAUUUGGUACUACUACAACUCAUAGUAUUUUCUAAACUAAAAGGGUGCCCCUCCUCCUCGAUCAUCACCAUUAUGACUCCUUGCCCUCUCAUGUCAAGGUAGUAUAUCAGAUGAAUACUGCCCUACUGUUUUUACUUGCAAAGUUCAACUGCCCGCACCAGAAAGUCGCUAUCAAAUUAUUCUCUCACUCACUCUACCAUUUUCACGUAUGUGGCAGCCUGGCUUUGUGUCUGUCUUCUUCAGUGAAUGCCUGUUAUAUAAUUUUUCUGUCUGGUGCACUUGCAUCUCUAAAUUGUAACAAAUAAAGAGAAAAACCAUUUGUUAAUAGAGGAAAAUCUAUUGAUAUUCAGGUGGUGCAUUCACUUGAUAAGGCACAUCUUCUGCUCACCAAUUUAGCCUUUCUUUCAGUUUUAGCAUUUCUUGUUGUUUUAGUUCAGCAUACCUAUCCAAUUAUGAUAGCACAUUAAGUUCAGCAGAUUAGUUAGCAAUUUAGCCUUUCUUGCUGUUUUUUGAACAUACCAUAUUCUUUUCUCAUGGGUGCUCAAUUUUAAUUAGUUUGUGCUACCAUGGCUGAGGAUAUUUGGACCCUAAAACUUCAAUUUGAGGGGGACCCUCCAGGACAGAAAAUGGUGCAAAGGGAAAUGGACAAAGAUGAGAUAUGUUUCUUCAACUUGAUUGAACUGAUUGAGGAAUAUGGAUACACAUCAGUUGACUAUGUAUACUACAAGAGAAGAGAUGGUUUGGUUGCAAUACAAUGGGAUUCAGAUGUGAUGCAAAUGCUUGAAGAGAAUGAGAGCAAAAGGAAGGUUAGCUUGUUUGUGACGAAGCAGAGAAUGGCCACCAUAGCACCUACCAAAUUCAAUGAAGAACCUACCAAUUCUGCAGAAAAUAAAAAUAAAGGGAAAAGGGGCACAAAGGAAAAGCAGCGCCUAAAUGUAAUCCAAAUCAAAGAACAAUAUUAUAAUGAGGUUGAUCAGCACCAUGACAAUACCAUCCAGCAAACACAAGGUGAUGGCAAUAAUGUAAUCAAGCGAAAGGGAACGGUUUUGACACAUGUUUGGGAUUUACCUAAGGAUAAACGUAUAUUAGUGAAAUGCAACCAACUUGGGCAACCUAUUGGAAAAGAAGGUGGUCUGUUAGGCCAAUUUUUAGGAACUAUAGCACGGAACGGUGGUUAUUGCCCAAUAGAUGUCAAUGAUUGGAGAAAGAUAAAGAAGGAUAGUGCUGAAACCAUACUUCAAUGUAUUCAGACAAAGUUCUUGUAUCCUCGAUCAUGUGAGAAAUGGAUACUGAAAUCGAUAGGGAGAGAUUGGAGAAAAUACAAGUCAAUAUUGAAAAAGAAGUUAUUUAGUCCAAAGAAGAAAAGGUCAUACUUAUACAAGCUUUGUCCAGAUGAUAUUGAUGAAGACCAGUGGAAAUCCUUAGUAAAAUAUUGGAAGUCAUCUGAAGGAAAGGCUCUUAGUGAGAAGAACAAACUAAGUUGUCAAAUGAAGAAGACAACACAUUCAGGGGGUACAAAGAGUUUUGCACGUUGGUCCGAGGACAUGGUGAGUAUUUUUUAUUACUAAAUAAAAUCUUCUAUUAAUUUCUUAUCAUUUUAGUAUUGUUUUUUUCUAGAGACAAGGUGAUCCCAUAAAAAAACAACCACAUAGAGCACAAGUUUACUUAGCAACUCACAAGAAAAGGGUCAAGGAGGCAAAUCAUCCUGUGGUUCAGCUGGAAAACCUUAUAGAAAAGCAACCAGAAUUAGCACAAAAUUGUGAGGGAAGGGUUGCGUGGGAAGGUGAUGCACUACAUCAAGUAUUGGGAGAGGAUAAAUCUGGA